CAUGCGUUCCCAAUAUAGGUCGUGAUGUAAGGGCGCUGCGGCUAUAAACGCAGUAUUUCGCUUAUCGGCGCGUCACACUCGUUUGACAAGCACCGAGAAGAAGAAGUACAUCGAUUGGAUUUCCAUGUCCGUCCUCAUCGAGACUACAAGGCCCUCUUUCAUCAAGCGCCUCACCGACUCGAACAAAAUGGCCGGUCGCAUACGGAGUUUGUGGAAAAGCUUUGUCAAAAAAGUUUGGUCACGUGACCCCGAAGUUGUCUAUGGAGAGGGAUCUCCCGGUAGUCUUCCACCGAAAUGUAUGAAUCUGGAGCCGCUGGAGCCGGACCUUAUCUGUAGCUACACUGGACCAGAUGGUGGUAUAGCGGCGCUGGAAGACCAAAGGAAUGGAAUGCGUUCAAAUUCUACUGGUAGUGAGCAUCGCUCGGCAGCACCUCUGAAUUACAGACAAUUGGAAAGGCCGAUUGCUGGGUCUACCGACUGGUGCCAGAAACACGAUUGUGCGUAUGGAACUGCCGUUUCUCUGUAUGACCAGGCUGAAGGACAGGAGCGUCCUCAAGGUGAACCCGUGGCCGAUGUGUUUGCGAUUGCUGUGCACGGGAACAGCUGUGUCAUGGCUCUGGCCGAUGGCGUCGGCUGGGGAGAGAAGCCGCGUCUCGCAGCACGAUGUGCUGUACGUGGGUGUAUGGAGUAUGUUCAUCAGGAGCUAUAUGAGACACCGAGAUGCCUCGACUACGCUUUGCUCGACACUCACAAAGUUACGAAAGUUUUGCUUAUGUCUCUCAAACAAGCUCAAAAUCUGAUAAUUCAGAAAGAAGGUACGAUGACUACAUUGUGCAUCGGAAUGGUGUGUCGGCUUGCAGUACCCGAUGGUAAUCGAGCUUGGGCAUUGGUUACUGUGAACGUUGGGGACAGUCUGGCGUAUGCGUAUAGUCCCACAACAGGAAGAGUCAGGGAGGUUACGGUCGGAUCACAUACAAAAGACAGGGACAUGAAAGAUGCCGGUGGUGUUCUCGGACCGGCCGAUGGAGUCAAUCCUGACUUGGAAAACCUGACAUGUUCUCUGACGACCGUCGCAAGCGGCGAUAUGGUCUUUCUUACUAGUGAUGGUAUUUCUGACAACUACGACCCGGUUGUUUUACGGAAAGCAAGACCGGUUCCGACCAGUCGAACUCCUGCUGAACAGACUGCUGCCGUGUGGAUGGACUUACCACUUAUGACACAGGCACAACGCCAGGAACACCAGGCACAAAAAAUGGCAGAAGUAUUGAAUGGUAAUCUGUCGAAUGAAGAUGAUUGGACGGCACGUCGGGUUUGUGCUGCGCUUGUUGGAUUUACUGUUCAGUACACUCACACUAGACGCGAGUUACUUCAGGCACCAGAUGUGGUGCGUUUGAGUGAACUGUCACGAGACAAACGACAAGAGGUACAAAGCAGGCUGGAAGAUGAUCUACGAAAGACGACGGGCAAGCUCGAUCAUGCAGCCGUGGUAGCUUUCAAGGUACAACAAUUUGCGAAGUCGUCGUCGCUGACAGCAACCAUGAGACGACACGCGACUGUUUCCAGCAUCAUGGAGGAUUUGAAUAAUCUGUGAUGAUUUUGUAGCUGCAGGUAACGAAUGAGGACGCUCCGUAAGACUUUUUAUAUCUGUACAGGUUGGGGUGGGUAGGCGAAUACUGUCUAGCAUGGAUACUUGGUAGAAAAUAAGUGGGAUGUCGCAAUCGAGAACAUGGUGAAACUGCAUUUACUAAUGAA